GCGGAGGGACGAUGCGCGAGUACAAAGUGGUGGUGCUGGGCUCGGGCGGCGUGGGCAAAUCCGCCCUGACCGUGCAGUUCGUGACCGGCACGUUCAUCGAGAAGUACGACCCCACCAUCGAGGACUUCUACCGCAAGGAGAUCGAGGUGGACUCGUCCCCGUCGGUGCUGGAGAUCCUGGACACGGCGGGCACCGAGCAGUUCGCGUCCAUGCGGGACCUGUACAUCAAGAACGGCCAGGGCUUCAUCCUCGUCUACAGCCUUGUCAACCAGCAGAGCUUCCAGGACAUCAAGCCCAUGCGGGACCAGAUCAUCCGCGUGAAGCGGUAUGAGAAAGUGCCGGUCAUCUUGGUGGGAAACAAAGUGGACCUGGAAGGCGAGAGAGAGGUGCCAUCCAGUGAAGGCAGAGCCCUCGCUGAAGAGUGGGGCUGCCCCUUUAUGGAGACUUCUGCUAAGAGCAAAACGAUGGUGGACGAACUGUUUGCGGAAAUCGUCAGGCAGAUGAACUAUGCUGCGCAGCCUGACAAAGAUGAUCCAUGCUGUUCUGCCUGUAACAUACAAUAGCAUUUGAAUGUGGCUGUCCUGGACAGGAUUGGCCCGCUACUGUAGGCAACAGGAACCUCGUCUGCUCUUGGGCGGAGUUUGCAGGAUGCGUGGUGGGAAUCUGGAGUGAAAUACCACCCCUGAUUCAGAAUUGAGCAGGGAUGGUGAAUUGAUAUCUCUGAGUGACGUUUGGGUGCAGUCACGACAGUUUUCACCACUGUCCUCCACCGCCUUUAAGCACCUGCAACCUUGAGGCAUAGCCAAUCGAUCUACAGGGUGAUCUCAUUGGAAAGCUGUGAGGGCGCUGCCCUCAGCCGACAGAAGCAGCUAGUGCAUAAAUGAAACAAUCCUGAGGGAGAAACCAGAAGAAUUCCUACGGCCCUUGACGAUUAAAAUAUUUUGUCUUCUUUAAAAAAAAUAAUAAGGAGAAAUAUUUUCCUACGUGAGUACUGAAUUUCAGGAAUUGGGAGAGUGCUUCUAACCCGUGUAUUCUGUCCAGUAAGAUAAAGAGAGCUGACGUGCCCACAGUGGUACAGGGAGAGAUUCUUUGCUCAGCUGACACAUUUCUGUUUUUCACAAGUGAUGCUUAACUGUAGAUGUGGUCCUAGUUUGUGAUACGGGACUAACUCCUGCACCAAUCCGUGAUAGAGAAAGAGAUCAGGACAGGUUGUGUGCAAAUACAGCUGGCUUUAGAAUGUGUUAUGCCACCUGCUUUAUCACAGGAAACAGAGGCACUCGGAGGGUUUGAUCAGAAUUACAAGCCCACACCGCCCGUCUGCUCACCAAGCAGGGAAGGGAAGGCCUUUAUUACUUUGCUGAACAAGAAGGAAGCAACUGUGAUGAAAGGAAAUCGCCUAGCCUUACUAACAAGAAGCGUUCUAGUAGAUUAGCUAGUACCAUCACGUAAGGAAAUGAAGCCAUGUUGCAUCCAGAUGUUCCUGCUUGCAGACCCGUCACAGGACAGGACAGAUAUCUCGCAUUUUUAUGUCUAUUAAAGCAGCAAAGUCCUUCUCGCCUCAUGAAGGGCUAUGGUUUCAAAAUCAAGUUGGCUAGAGCAGAGCUUUAAUGCAGGCAUUUUAAAAAUUGAAUAACCACGUGAAAUAAUUUCAGUUUAAAAGUAGAACAUAAAUUAUAGAGUGGAAGGUAAGGGACAAAAAGCCUUUUAUCUUUGAUUUUCCUGGAGAAUUAUAUAAAGGUUUUCUUAAUGACAGUUUUGCCCGGAUUGCUGAAGUGGCCAACAAAGUGAGAGUGAAUACUUGGUUUAGAAAAGGUGCUCAGGCUCUGACGUUUUUGAUUUUCAUAGCCGUGAAGUAUUUAUCAUUUGCAUGACUAAUGGCACAGGAAAUACCUAUUCAUAAGUUUUACAGUCAGGUGUAGAAGGGUUUCCAGCUAACUUCAGAGUUAAAAAUGCUGAAGCGAUUACCUGGAGCUGGACCUCUGGAGGGCAGUUUGGCCUUCAGAACUGCAAUAUCACUACUCCUGUGAUCUCCAUACCCCCCACAUUUUCUUGUUUCACAGUCUCGUGCAAGUAACCUGUGGUCUUCUGCGUGUAGCUGAGAGAAGAGUGUGUGUUUGUACGUGCAUGUGUGUGUAUCGUUCUAGGAAUUGGGCACAAGUCAGAGAUAAUUGCUUCUACUGAGUAUCUGUAUUGCAGAAUAUAGUGCAUCAAAACCUUUUUUUUCUUUGAAAUUAUUUACGUAUUGUUUAUACAUCAUUGCAGUCAUUUGUAGCCACCUGUUCAGUAGCUGGCAUCCAACUUAGACGAUAGAAAGAAGUUCGGUAGCUCAUACUUUCCAGGGAUGCGAGAGCGGAAGAGACGGUGGGUAAAACCAGGCUGUGGUAGUCAGAAGCCUUUGAAUUGUGAAUAUUUACCUUCUUCAGUAUAGUUGUUAUCAUUCUAAUUAAGAAGCACCUCGUCUGUACAUCAAAAUGUUUUAACCAAUUUUAUUGAAACAAAUUUCACUAGGUAAAAGUUGAUUUGACUAAAAGAAAUCAAAGAUUCAAAAAGUAUAAUUUAUCUAUUGAAGAAGAAAUAUUUGUUAGUGAAUUGGUUGAGUUUUGAAGCCUCAAAUUUCUCUGAGUAAUUCUGAUUUUUAGAAUUCCGUACUUCAUAGCCAUUUAUGACAACUAAGAUUGCACAUUAGAAUCAUCUAUAAAGAUUCUACAGUUUUACA